AUGGAGUCCAAGGGCAUGAACGGCCAGUCCCCCAAGCCCAAGGUCGUCUUCGUGCUGGGCGCCACGGCCACCGGGAAGUCCAAGCUCGCCAUCGCCCUCGCCCAGCAGUUCGAUGGCGAGGUGAUCAACUCUGACAAGAUCCAGAUGUACGACGGCGUGCCGGUAAUCACAAACAAGGUCACUGAGGAGGAGUGUGCCGGCGUGCCUCACCACCUCCUCGGCGGCGUGCACCCGGACGCCGACUUCACCGCUGAGGACUUCUGCCGCGAGGCGUCCGCGGCCAUCGCCCGCAUCCUCGCCGCGGGCCGUCUCCCCGUCGUCGCAGGUGGGUCCAACACCUACAUCGAGGCGCUGGUGGAAGGCGACAACGCGGCGUUCCGCGCCGCCUACGACUGCCUCUUCAUCUGGCUUGACGCCACGCCGGAGUUGCUGGAGUGGUACACAGCGCUCCGUGUGGACGACAUGGUGCAGCGCGGGCUGGCGCACGAGGCGCGCGCCGUGUUCGACGCCGGGAACGCGGACUACAGCCGAGGCGUGCGCCGCGCCAUCGGGCUUCCCGAGAUGCACGACUACCUGCUGCUGUUGGAGCUAACUGAGCGCGAAGGCGCUGUGGCAGAGGCGGUCGACCUCGCGGAGAGGUUCGAUCACGCCGUGCGCCAGAUCAAGGCCAACACCUUCGGACUGGUGCUGGCGCAGCAGGCCAAGAUCCAGCGCCUCAGCGGGAUGGAAGGCUGGGACGUCCGCCGCGUCGACGCCACCAUCGUGUUCGCCUGCAUGGCCGCCGGCCUCGGACAGGAGGCCUGGGAGACGGUCGUGUGGGAGCCAUGCCAGGAGAUGGUCAAGCGCUUCCUGGAGACCCAGACUUUCAUCCCCGAUGCAGCUGACAAACUGCCUACUGAUCUGGAGUUGGACGAGGAGAUGGCCAAGGUUUUUCAUGGGUUCACUAUAUCGCCAGAUGCAGCCGGCGAUGCCGUUCUGGCCCUGCCAGCGGUGCACAAGGACAAGGAGGCCGCGAAAGGAGCUGCCCCCGGUGAAGGCGACGGUGAUGGAGGCAAUGCCGGCGUUGGAGAGGCUGGUCCAGAUGCAGCUGGUGGAGAGGGGUCACACGCAGUCUAA